UAUAUUUUUUAUUUUAAUUAUGUGGAAGUGGGUGCUAAUAGGUGUAGCUGGCCUUGGAAUUGUUCUAAUCCGAAGAAGAAUGGCCGGUGGGAAAUGUCGGAGCAAAGCCUCGAUGAUCAACAAGACAGUCAUUAUCACCGGCGCGAAUUGUGGGAUCGGUAGGGCGACGGCAUUCGAACUUGCUCGUAGGCACUCCAGAGUCAUUCUGGCUUGCCGGGACGUUGAAGUCGGAUUGAAAGUUGCGCAAGAAAUUACUCAAAAGCAUGAAGGUUCUUCAGUUAUUGUCAAAAAAUUAGACCUAGCCUCUUUCUCAAGUAUCAGAUCUUUUGCGGCGGAUAUAAAUUCUACAGAAUCAAGAGUAGAUGUCUUAAUAAACAAUGCAGGUGUCUAUCACUGCCCUUUUUUGUUGACUGAAGAUGGUCUGGAAACGCAGAUGGGUGUAAAUCAUUUUGGCCAUUUUUUACUAACUAAUUUAUUACUCAACAAACUGAAAUCAUCAGCUCCCAGCAGAAUCGUUAUAGUUUCAUCUGGCCUCGGAGCAUUUGGGUCUAUUGAUUUAGAGAAUAUCAAUUCCGAAAAAUCUUAUGAUAAGUCCCGUACCUAUAACAAUAGUAAACUAGCAAAUAAUUUGUUUGCAAGAGAGCUCAGCAGAAGACUUGAAAACACAGGCGUGUCUGUUUACUGUUUGCGUCCAGGAAUGGUGAGAUCAAAACUAGGUAGACACGUUGAACCCUCUUGGAUAAUGAAAAUUAUUUUCUGGCCAAUUUCCUGGUUACUAGUCAAAAGUUGUUAUGAGGGCUGUCAAACUGUAGUUUAUUGUUCUGUGGACUCCCAGAUAGAGGGAGUAAAUGGAAAAUUUUAUGCUGAUUGUCAUGAAGAACCAUGGAAUGAAGCAUCCAAUGAUUUAAAUUUAGCCCAAAAGCUCUGGCUUAAAAGUGAAAAACUUACAAAAUUAUAUAAUUAAAACUUUAGUAUUUUUUAACUUUCAUAUUAAACAUAAUGUAAAAUUGUUAUUUUAAACCGUUUUGAAAAACUUAGCUAGGUAUAAAUAAAUAAUUUUAUAAAAAAUAGUGUUAAUAACACAAAACGGACAAAUGAAACAUUUUAAUUGAAUGCAAUUCAACAUGCUGGGAGCAAAAUAACAUAAUAGAAACAGAACAAACACAUACAUGCAUACAUACAAAGGGACUAGACAAUAACAGGAAAUGAUGGAAGAAAGCAUGAAAAAAUAUACUGACAUUACAUUUACAUUAUAAAACAUGAAAAAAUGAUACAAUUAGCAGAAGCAAUGUAUAGCAACAAGUGGUAACUGUAAUGACAUUUACAAACUAGGUAUGUUACAAUAUUUUACAUAAAAUUCAAGUAAUCAGUGGAGAAAUUUGAAUAGAUAGAUGGAGCUUAAAUGAAUUGAAUAAAUGUUGACGUAAUGACACGAUAAAAAACAGCACAGGCCUGUAAACGGGACAAAAAUUUUUUCUAAAAAUGUUUUCGUAGGUAAGUUAAAAAAAACUCGACUGGCGUCUGUUAAGUACACAGCACCAAACAUGCCAAGAUGGCUUCACCAUGCACCUAUCUGCGUUAAGAUCCGAAUGGGGCAUGCAUUUGUGGGAGGCCGCAGACCGUUAUGAAGUGAAUGAAUGAAUGAAAUUUGAUGUCAAGGGUUGGCGCAAUGAAAUGUAAACACAAUCGUGAUAAUGAACUUAGCAAUAUAAAAAACGGAAAGAAUACGAAUUAUAAAUUAAAU